AAGCUGAACAUCACUAACGAUGGAUUUCAGGUCAUGAAAAUUACCACCAACUUCGUUCACGACUUUCCGGACCCAAAUUUCGAUCCUUCAUCAGAUUUUAAUUGGGAACACCCUGAAGGGAAAUCUACUGUGGUGAAGGCAGAGAGUCUCUUGUUGGAAUUCGUGCAAGCUGCCACGGACCUCGAGUUCUGCAGGACCUCGGACCCCUGCGGCUUCAUUGUUCGAGAGCCUUUAGAGCGCAUAGCUCCUGCACCCAUCAUCCUGCUCAAGAACUGCAGUCAGACGAUUUCUCUUCCGGACCUCAGCGAGGGCGGGAUGUACCUGCUGUCUCAUUCUGGAUUCGGGUGUCUCUACUUCCCCAACACGCCUGUCAACGCCUGCUCUCUGAAAUUAACUUACCCAACGAGUAGCACAACAAAACUCAAGAUUAGUUCCUCCAAAUCCUUCAAGGGCUUCUUGGGUACCGACGGAUGCGACGGCUACAGCCUUGAGUUUGACACGGACGGCCUGGGGAACGGCGCUAACACUAACUACUGCACGGCCAACCCUCUACCAGAUGUUUCGUUCACGGGAGAACUUACCGUCAUCCUGAAAGGCUCGUCGACCAACGACAGAAAGAAAAUGGGGUUCGAUUUCCUCAUUGAAGUAGCCUAACCUAAUAGGAUGAUCAGAACAUGGAAGGUGAAAUCAGAUAGCUACGCGAUCUAAUUUCAUCAUCAAACGCAUAGGCGACGUCCAAUUCAGGCUGAGAGGAGUUCGAAGAUUAGAAACAUGAGUUGUUUGUAUGGUAGCAUGCAAUCAUUUAUUAAAAGCCCCUUGCAUAUUUGUAAGACCAUUGUCUUAAUCAAUCCACCGUUAAAGUCAAGCAAUUCCCCGUUCCCAUAAAGCCAUUGUUUCACCAAGUUUCCGUACUGUUGUACUUUCAUCAGCGAAGGUGCAAGUUUCUAAGAACGGUAUCACUUCCAUUAACGCAGGAUUUUCCAAUGCAAUACAGUGACAAUUCUGUGAACUUAGAUGAAAUUGGCUGCACAUAAUCGCGCUGUAAGUCUUGAGUUGCAUAAAAGAAUGCUUGGCAAGACGCAAAGUUAUGAACGGGAACUCACCCUUGUCCAUUUGUUCAGAGUUACUCUGCUUUCUUAAAUGCAACGAAAUCUUUCCGCGUAUGUUUCUUGAAAAUUUCAAGUUAUGUGACCGACGAAAACUAUUGCCUAGCUUCCUUUCUCAUCUUUUAUGGAAAAUGUAGGAAAACCAAUCAGUUUCAGCCCUUCCCUUCAUCUGAAAUUGACUAGAUCCCAAUUAGUUGUGAGGCUCACAUGUAAAUGCAUUGAAAUUUCUUACUCGUUUCGCUAUGCAUAAGUUCAUAUGCAAUCUAAAAACAAACGAGUUGGUCGACUUUCGAGAGUUGAAGCUGCCAAUUGCAGCUGAUGAUUUCUCCAUGAAUUGUAACUAUUUUUCGAACAUUCGAUAUUAUUUGAAAUAGACAAUGUAAAUGUGAAUAUGAAAUGACAAAAUUAUCACGUUAAUUACUUCACUUAGUGAAAUUAGGCCACUUGGGUGAGGAGAAAUGAAAGAACGAAUGUCUUUACAUCUUGACAAAAACUGGUAGCCAAGACAUCUUGAUGUCUUGUUAUUUUACAUUUAUUCUUCAACAGUUUUUUUUUCAACGCUCUUGUUCCUUCCUAUUUCUGUCACUUUCAGGAGUGAUGGAUGUCAGGUAGAUAAUUGUUCAGCACAGGCGUGUCAUAGUAGAUUUUAACAGAUACAUUAAUGAUGCACUGUUUGC